AUGAGUAACAUUGAUGCAUCAGCUCCUCUUCUCCAGCACAAGCAGCACUUUUCUAUCUCAACAGACCAGCUGUGUGAUCUGAUUGAUUCUAGACAGCAAUCAUCAUUAGAGAGACUGGGUGGAACAAAGACAAUAUGCGACGCAUUGGAGGUUGAUCCUACCAUUGGUUUGUUGCCAGACGAAUCGUUUGACCCCUGCUAUGGUGUCAUCAAAUCUCGUCCAGAUGAAGAGGGAUUUGCAGACCGAAAGAGAGUCUUUGGCCGAAAUACCAUCCCAGAUGCACCACCAAAAUCAUUAUUAUUUCUGGUCUGGCAAGCAUACAACGAUCAAACUCUAAUUAUGUUGACCAUAGCAGCCAUUGUGUCACUAGUGGCUGGCUUUUGGAAUGAUAUGUCUGAUAACCAUCCCAAAGAUGAACCAAAGAUUGGAUGGGUCGAUGGUGUAGCCAUUCUUGCAGCCGUUGCUGUAGUAAUCAUUACAAGCAAGUCAAUUCAAAUAACCAAUCAUCAUGCAAUCAAUGACUAUGAAAAAGAAAAGCAAUUCAGAAAACUCAAUGCCAAAAAGGAAGACCGUCCAGUAAAGGUACUGCGAAGAGGAAUGACCCAGCAGGUUCACGUCUGUGAUAUUGUUGUGGGUGAUAUAAUGUUUAUUGAGCCCGGUGAUAUGAUUACGGUCGAUUGUUUGUAUCUUGAGGGACAUAAUGUUCAUUGUGAUGAAUCUACUGCAACUGGAGAAUCAAGAACAGUCAAGAAAUCUAGUUUCCAGAACGGAGGGGACUGCUUCUUGUUAAGUGGCACCAAGAUCCUGCAAGGAGUGGCAAAGGUCGUCGUCGUUGCUGUCGGGGUGCAUUCAUUUUACGGUCGGGCCAUGACGCUUAUGAGAAAUGCCGAAGAAGAACAGACGCCUUUACAGGCAAAGCUCAACACACUUGCUGAUCAGAUUGCAAAAUUUGGAUGCAUUGCUGCUGGUUUGAUGCUAAUUGUUCUCGUAUUGAAACUAGUCGUUCAAAGCGUUUGGAGUGGUCAUUGGUUACCUCCCACUGAAUUGACAGCGGAAUUGGUUGGCAUCGUUAUCCAGGCAAUCACUAUCAUUGUUGUAGCUGUACCUGAGGGACUUCCAAUGGCCGUCACCUUGGCUUUAGCGUUUGCCACUACUGAAAUGUUAAAGGACAAUAAUUUGGUGCGACAUUUAUCUGCAUGUGAAACUAUGGGUAACGCAACUGCUGUAUGUUCCGACAAGACUGGUACCCUUACCGAGAAUAAGAUGACGCUUGUGAGGGCAAGUGUGGGCCAACACCAAUUCGUGAAACCUUCGGAGAUUCCUGGCUGGCAGUUGCAAGCAAACCCUAUGGUACUGGGCUUGGCGGUCGAGGGCAUUUCGGUCAAUUCGACUGCAGUAGAAGGCAUUUCUCUCAAAGGUCACUUGCAGAUAGUUGGUUCAACAACAGAGCGUGCCUUGCUUGAGUUUAUCCGAAGACUAGGAUAUGAUUACCAUCAACAAAGAGCUUCUAGUAGAUUAGCCUCUGUUUAUCCAUUCAAUUCAACCGCAAAAUCUAUGACUAGUAUCAUUGAGAUUAACGAGAGCAAUGUAAAAUCUCCUGAUCAGUCGUACUACAGACAAUACACAAAGGGCGCAACCGAAACUAUCAUCAAAAACUGUACACACUACAUUGACGCACAAGGCGAAAUUCAAAUUCUGGACGCCAAUACUAGAUUAGAGCAUGAAAUUCGCUUAAACGAAUACGCCAAAAAAGCCCUUCGUACUCUAGGUCUUGCCUACCGUCUUGAUCCUGAUAAUGCACCAGUGACAAACCUUGUCUUGAUUGGAAUUGUCGGUAUACAGGAUCAACUUCGACCAGGAGUAAUUGAGUCUGUUCAAGCAUUCAGACGUGCCGGUGUAUUCAUUCGCAUGAUUACAGGUGAUAAUCUGGAAACUGCAAAGGCAAUUGGAAAGGAAUGUGGUAUCUUGACACCAGGUGGAGUUGCUAUGACUGGCCCAGAGUUCCGUGCACUUUCUUCUACUGAACAGCUCAAAGUACUUCCUCGCCUUCAAAUCCUUGCCCGCUCUUCUCCUAUUGACAAGACGAUUGUUGUGUCAAGGCUCCAGGCUCUAGAUGAGAUUGUGGCCAUGACAGGGGAUGGUACAAACGACGGUCCUGCUCUCAAGAUGGCCAAUGUUGGAUUUGCAAUGGGCGUCAGUGGAACCGAGGUUGCCAAAGAAGCAUCUGACAUUAUCCUGAUGGACGACAACUUUUCUUCGAUCCUCCAGGCUCUCAAGUGGGGCCGAGCAGUGAACGACGGCGUACGAAAAUUCCUGACCUUUCAGCUCACGGUCAACAUUGCCGCAGUCGUUCUGUCGUUCGUGAGUGCGCUAGUGUCUGAAACUUCAGAAAGUAUCCUCAGUGCUGUCCAGCUCCUGUGGGUCAACAUGAUCAUGGACACUUUUGCCGCAUUGGCACUGGCUACCGAGCCACUGACGAAUGAUCUUGUUGAUCGCAAGCCGCUCAGAAAGGAUAGCAGUCUGAUAAACUGGCGCAUGAGUCGUAUGAUUGUCGGACAGGCCGUCUUUCAGAUCGUGAUCAACCUUGUCCUGCUGUUUCACGGAGCAGAAGUAUUCGGUCUCACCGAUUCUGAUGCGGACACAAAGAUUUUGCGCACAAUGGUGUUUAAUGUGUUUGUGUUCAUGCAAGUAUUCAACGAGCUCAACUGCAGACGUAUUGAUGACAAUAUCAAUGUUUUCCGAGGUAUCCGGCACGACUUUUUGUUCCUGGUGAUGCAGACUUUGGUAGUUGUCAGCCAGGUAGCAAUCAUUACCUGGGGUGGUAUGGCCUUCAAGACCGUGUCUCUGACGGCUACCCAAUGGCUUUUUACUAUUGGCAUUGGCGCCAUUUCUUUACCGGUCGGCACAUUGAUUCGUCUCUUGCCCAGUCAGAUGCCUUACCUGUGGAGUGAGAACAAGGAUGAUGAAUUUGUACAUGUGGUGAGCUACCCAAGACUCUUGUGGGAAUCAGCCAUUACCAGAAUCCUUCAGAGCAUCAAGUCAUUCUCUUCUGGUCCAAAGUCAUCCGCUGCUGCUAUUGCAAGAGCAGCGGCAGAAGAAGGGGAAUAUAUCACGGAUGAUUUAAAAGUCGGUGAACCUUCAUAUUACUAUGGCCAUGGCGUAACAGAUGCGGCCAGAAAAAAGUCAUAA